CAUUUUUUUUCCAAAAUGGCGUCCAAACCAAUCCUAUAUUCAUACUUCAGAAGUUCUGCUUCUUGGAGAGUUAGAAUAGUGCUAGCAUUGAAGGGAGUAGAAUAUGAGUAUAAAGCUGUAAAUCUUGUCAAGGAUGGAGGACUACAGCAUUCAGAAGAAUUCAAAGCCAUCAACCCAAUGGAACAGGUGCCAGCAUUUGUCAUAGGGGAAACAGCUCUCACUCAAUCACUUGCCAUUAUAGACUACCUGGAAGAUAUGUACCCAAAGCCAGCCCUUACACCACAGGAUCCUAUUAAAAAAGCUCAGGCACGUGCUCUUGCAGAGCUAAUUAGUUCAGGUACCCAACCUUUAACCAACUCCACUGUUAAUAAGGUCCUGUGUAAGGGAAAUGAGGCUAAGACACAGGAAUGGUGCCAGUUUUGGAUUGAUAAAGGAUUUACAGCCUAUGAGAAGAUGGUGCAGAAUACUGCUGGCAAGUAUUCAGUUGGAGAUGAUAUCACUAUAGCUGAUGUCUGUCUAGUACCUCAACUCUAUAAUGCUCAAAGUUGUACUUUCAGAUUCAAAGUAGACAUGAGCAAGUUCCCAACCAUCACGAGAAUAAUCAAUACAUGCUCAGAAUUGCCAGCAUUUCAAGCAGCGGAUCCACAUGUCCAACCAGAUUGUCCCGAGGACUUGAGAAAACAGUGAUACAGCAUGUGCGCUGUAACAAAGAGAGAUCAUCCAUAACAGCUGAAAUUUUGAUGUAUAUCAGGGGACCAGCUAGCUCAAAAUGUUUCCAUACCCAAUAUAUGUAGAAUAUGUAAAACAUAUCAAAAAGACAACUAUUAAUAUUUAGUGCAGUUACAAAAGUUUUAAAAAAAAAGCUUUAUCUUACCUUUUGUAUUUAAGCAGUUGAAUAAUUACACAAGUGCAUUUAGGUUUAACAGCAUGGUGAGGGAUUGUACUUAGUUUUGUUGCAUUAGGGGCCAUACACAUAGUGCUAAUAAUGUUUACUCUGUUUACUUAUCAAUGUUUCAUAAAGGGGAGGGGGAUGGGGUACGGGUUUAUGUUGAAAAAUUUAGAUUUUAAGGCAGCAAAACAUUAGUUACGGAAUGAAAGUUUUUGUUAAAUUUCACUGACAUUUUUUUCAGCCAAGACAGUAAGAAAUGUAUUAAAAUUUACCCUGUUGCCAUGUUCCAUCUUCAUUUACAUUCACACCUUGUUCGCUGGAACUCGACUGGACCAGCAAAAUUUGUUCAAGUUAUCGGCAGUUAGAGCUAAAAAUUGGAAUUACUCUAGAUGGUACAUACAUACUGAUAAGUGAAAAAAGAAUUUGCAUAUUAUCUUGCAUAAUACUAUUUGUUUGUGUUGAAGUCCUGUUUUGCUGGAUCAAAAAAAUCAUUGUUAGAAAUGUAUGUAUUACUAUUGUUAGAGAAUUGUUUAGGCUUUUGUUUCAUAGCAUACUUUUGAACCAGUAAUGCAGGUUGUUUGUAGGGUUUAAAGGUCAUCUGUGUUUUUAAUUUAAAAGGAAUGAUGGAGAGGUUGAGAUUUUGUAAGUGUAUAUGUACGUUUGGUAAAUCCAUAUAUUAACCCUUAGCCUGCUUAAUUUCUAAAAUGGACGUGGUCCAUCAUACAAUUAGGGCAAUACCAUUUAUUAUUUGAAGGGGUGCUCACUGAAAAUUUACUGAGCGAACAGUGCAGACCAUGAUCAGACUGCACAGAUGUGCAGGCUGAUCUAGGUCUGCACUGGUCGCGAAGGCAGAAUCACUUGCCACCAGCAGGUUAAACUGAUGAAGUGUCAGAAUUUAGAAUAUUGCAGGGUAUUCAUAAGUUAUAGCAUUACACUUUCAACUGUACCUGUAAGAGCAAACAUUCAUGUUUUAAAGGUGAAGAUUUACCUGAAGCAAGUGAUUCAAAAGUUUUCAGACAGUUUUAGCAGAUGCUUAUUAUUUGCUACACAUAAAUCAUAACCUCUCUAAUAUUAAUCCAGUUUUCAAAAGAAAUAAUCUUAGCCAUCCAAAAACAUCUACUGCGAGUAAACCUGACAGAAAUAAUGGAUUAUCUUGAUGAUAUUCUGCAUAUCGGCCAACAGUUUUAAAGGAAAAAGAUGUACAUGUUUGUCAUGCUUUAAAGUGUAGGUGAUUUAAGACGAACAAAUUGCAAUCAUAUAGGGCAUUGACAGUAAAAAAUUUUGAACCUGCGUACAAGGUCAUCAAAUACAAUACCAUUGAUAUUACCUAUCAUUCUAAAGAACUCCAAGGAAAUUUUCAAUUUUCAAAAUCUUUAACCAUGAACUGUCUUCUAAUACUUAACUAUUCAUGGUGUUUUAUGAUGCCAACCAAUAAAUAUUUUUGUACUGGAAUUUAUAAUAUUAAUCAUGGAAGUGUGUUGCAUAUUACGUAAGUGAAAUUUAAAACAAAAAUGCAUUUCAUUAUUUUUGCUGGAAUAUUGUGCUGUUUAAAAUUGAUAUUUUCUAAUACAUAUUAUUUCAGAUGAGUAAUAUUAUCUGCAGAAGAGUGUUAUCUGAAAUGUUUAAUAUUUAACCCUUGUCAUGCUGGACAAAAAUGAUUCUGCCUUUGCGACCAGUGCAGAUCAUGAUCUGCACUGUUCGCCAUUCAGUCAGUAUCUCUUUGGUUAUCACCCCUUUUUACAGUUAAUUGAAUUUUACAGUCCAAAUUGAAAGAUGGACAAGUUCAUUAUAGAAAUUUAGCAGGGUAAGGGUUAAAUUGAGUGAAAAUGCUCAGUUUGAAAACAAUCUUGAUAGCAUUGUGUGUUUUAAGUAAGAUUAUCCCAGAAUUUGUUGCAUUUUAGAUAUGUAUGUAUUUUAAGAAUAAAAAUUCAGUACAAUUGUACAUUAUA